UUUUUAUCCCUCAUUCCCCUCUUUUGAAAUAUGCAUAUGAACUCUGAUCUACUGUCGCUGUCUCCUUCUCGUUCCUUAGAAUUAAAGGCGCACGAAUGCAUCUGUGAACCAGGAGGUGGACGUACUGUACUGUGUCGGGACUAUUUUGAUAAAGGAAAGCUCUUCUCCAUUGAAUGACAAAUUCUCAAUGACGCAGCAUUUUACGUACGUUAAUCUGUGUUCGGUAAAUAUCAUUGGUGUGUGUGUAUACACUUGAUAUACCACUGGUGAGAAAACUGAUAUGGAAAAUGAGGAGUGGGCAACUACACGACUGGAUAAUAACGUCAGUUAGCAGCAGAAGCGAUUGAACUAUGGAACGGUGGAUCGGAAAAAUCGCUCUCGUGACUGGAGCGAGUUCUGGCAUUGGUGAAGCCAUUGCCAAAGCUUUUGUAGUAGCCGGUAUUAAUGUUGUGGGUAUUGCACGCCGCGAGGAACGAUUACAAGUGUUGGCUAAGUCCCUCGAAGGGUCCAAAGGUUCACUCUAUCCCGUUCGAGCCGAUGUGCGAAAUGAAGCCGAUAUCUUGAAGGCAUUUGAAUACGCGAAAAGUGCAUUCGGUGGCGUUGACGUUCUCGUAAACAAUGCGGGGAUUUGUCAUCAUGAACCAAUCACAGAGGGAUCAACAGAACAUUUCCGAGCUAUUCUAGAAGUUAAUCUUCUUGCUCCAGCAGUAUGCGCCAGAGAAGCUGUGAAAUCCAUCCGUGAACGUGGCGUGGAGGGUCAUAUUUUCAAUAUGAAUAGCCUCUUGGGACUCGAACCAACACUGUCCCCGGUUCCUCUCAGUCUCUAUCCAGCGAGUAAAUGCGCCUUGCGUGGACUGACUGAAAAUUUGAGACAAGAAACUCGCCGGCAUAAAGAUAAUAUCAGAGUAACUGGAAUAUACCCGGGAUUGGUGAAAACAGAACUCCUGGAGUUAUCGGGCGGUGAUCCGAGAACAUUCAAAGUAUUGCCAUACGUUCAGCAAGAAGACAUUUCCGAUUCACUUAUUUACGCUCUCUCAGCACCGCCCAAUGUGCAAGUCGAAGAAAUAAAAAUUAAUCCUCUGAACCUAAGACUCUAACUCCUGGAUUUUGUCACCUGGGGUUGGUGCAGGCGUUCAUUUGUCUGACGGAACAACUGGUGUGACCUGCGCUAGCAAAUUACCUGUUGGCUAUCUACAUUCGAAUCUCUUUUUCUCGCUGCCAUCCACCAGAAUCAAGGGCGACGCCUUCAACGGCGGGUGUCAUUAGUAACCUUGGCGUCGGCCUCUACAUUAGACUAUCCUCUGCCAAAACAGUGAGGUGUUUUGGUCGAGAGGAUAAACUAAUGUCCAGACUCACUCGAAUGUUAGUAAUGACCCUUGCGGUGUGAGGCGCCAUCAUUGAUUCGGACGGCGACAAAGAGAGCCCUAUGCAGACAGUAGAACGGUGAUUUUUUUCGAAAAAUUAAUUAAUUAUAUCGUUUAUACUAGGCCUCUGCCCGUUUGUACAGAGUUUACAAUAUUUUCUUAGUUUCCCACUUAUGUUUAUAUGAUACAAUCACCUGUCGAUUAUUCAACAUAUGAAUCUGCAUCGCUGCAUUAUUAACAUUUACUAACACCACCACAGUACGUCCAAUUCUUAAGCUAGAAUUAUUAGAAUAAAGAUAAAGUGUAAUGUCAUCCUAUAAAAACUAACGAUAUACAAGAAAAAAGGCUCAAGUAGUUCUAAACCUUCAAAA